AUGCUCCAAGCAAAAUCCUUACCGUUGCUUUUAUUAUUUGCUACGUUAUUGAUGGCGAGCUGUCACAUCGCUGAAGGUGCUGAAGAUGGAUACAAAAAUGAUGGAACUGGCGAACUGGAAACAUUUAAUAUUACUUUAAACUCAACUAAACCUGUCUCACCUUUUGUCUAUGGAAUCACUGCAAAUGUAGCUGCUGUCCUUUUGUAUGGAAGCAACUUUGUCCCUGUCAAAAGGGUCGAGACUGGCGAUGGUAUGUUUUUUCAGUGGGUUACCUGUGCAGCAAUAUGGGUCAUAUCUAUGAUUGGAGACUUGGUGCUUCAGUCGCCCAAAUUCUGCCCUUUUGCAAUGCUAGGAGGUGUGCUCUGGGCCACAGGAAAUAUAGCAGUUGUUCCAUUUAUUAAAGCGAUUGGCCUUGGUCUUGGAAUCCUAAUUUCAGGAUCCUCAACCCUGAUGCUCGGCUGGGCCAGUUCAAGAUUUGGCUGGUUUGGGAUUGCUGCACAGAAUGUUUCCAGGCCAAUAUUAAAUUAUUGUGGAGCUGGGUUAUGUUUGCUAAGUGGGCUGAUCUUUUUCUUUGUGAAAGCAGACGUGAAGCUUCUUCACAGUUCAGAAACCAUUCCAUUACUAACUGACAGAAGAACAAAUUCUGGCAGUUAUGGACCAAAUUCCUCGGAAUCUUGGAUAGAUGCCAUUGGCCCGAAGAGCAAGCGAUUCAUUGGGUCUCUCCUCGCUGCUGUGGUGGGCUUCCUGUAUGCUUUCUCCAUUAUACCAAUCCUGUAUAUUAAGAGCCGUUCAGUGCACCAUGACAGCAUGUUCUAUGAAGCCAGUGUCUACGAGCUCGACUAUGUUCAUGCACACUGCUGUGGCAUUUUCAUUGCAAGCACUGUGUACUUUGCCAUCUACUGCGCUGCCAUGAAUACCAAGCCGAAGCUUUACUCCAGAGCCGUGCUACCAGGUCUGCUGUCAGGACUGAUGUGGACGCUGGGGACAUACUGCUGGUUCCUGGCUAAUAACUACCUGACUUCUAUCAUUACAUUUCCAAUUGUCACAGCAGGCUGUGGUCUGGUUGCUGCACUGUGGGGAUGCCUGGUGUUUAAAGAGAUUAAGGGCUUGGCCAACUGCCUCAUCUUCUCAUUGGCCUCGUGUACUGUGCUGACUGGGUCUGUGCUGACGAGCAUCUCAAAUCUCUAAUUGUUGUAGAACAAACAUCUGUUUCCUGUAUCAUACCUUGCUUGCCUUUUUAAAAAAGUAUU